AUGUUAGCAUUCAGAGCAACUCUCCUAGCAGAGUUUCUCUCUGUUUCUCUCCUUCUACUAGCUUUCUUUGCCGGUAUCUCCAAUGCGGCAUCUAUCACGCCAGGAGUAAGGGGUAUCUCCCUUACCGAGGAUCUCUCCAAGCGUGCCAGCACCGCCAAAGUAAGCUCUACGGAGCCGGCAGCCGGAGAGUAUAUCAUAUCGCAAUCUCCCAUCGCGGGCAAAACCGUCUACUCAACUUUCACCGCAGCCCUCGCCGCCAUCCAAAAGGAGUCCAGCACCAAGACCGUCAGCGUAUUCGUCUACCCGGGGACUUACAAGGAGCAAAUCGUCUUCACCCGCUCCGGCGGCACCACCAUCUUCCGGGGGUACACCAAGGACCCGACCUCCCCGGCUAGCAACCAGGUCAUCCUGCAGAACAGCCGCGGCGUCGACACCCAGUCCAGCGAGAGCGACACCGACUCCGCAACCCUGUUCGCCCGCGCGGCCGAGAUCCGCCUGCACAACAUCGACCUGCGCAACGUGUUCGGGCAGACCCGGAACUACGCGUCGCUGGGCUUCGCGACCGAGAGCAACGCCCUCGCCAGCCUGUACGGGUGCCGCGUCGCGGGCAACCAGGACACGUUCUACAUGGGCGCGGGCACGAGCGUGUUCGCGUACAACACGGUCAUCGAAGGGUCCGUGGACUUCGUCUGGGGCUCGGGCUCGGCGUAUCUGCUCAACUGCACCAUCGUCCCGAACAUCAAGAGCACGUACAUCGCCGCGAUGAAGCGCGCGUCGGCGAGUGCCGUCGGCGGCCUCGUGUUCGACCAGUGCCGCAUUGCGGCGACGGCGGGCGCGAGCGCGACAGCCGGGACGGUGUUCCUGGGCCGUCCGUGGAACCAGUAUUCCAAGGUUGCGUAUAUCAAGACGUACAUGGAUAAGUCGAUCGCGCCGGCGGGAUGGUCCAUCUGGUCGACCUCGGACCCGCGGACCAGCGGGGUUCUGUUCGGCGAGUACCAGAACACCGGGCCUGGCGCUGCUACCAGUUCUCGCGCUAGCUUUUCGCGGCAGCUUUCUAAGACGGAUGUUGCGCAGUUCCAACUUAGUAAAUUUUUCUCUUCACAGGGAACAUCAUGGAUCGAUAUGACGGACGUGAAGACGAAACCGUUUACCCCGUAG